AAAAAUGUCUACAUCAAACAAUACAACUAACGUUAUAACUCAAGAUUGUUCUGGAUGUGGAAAAAGUAAACCAGCUUCGGAAUUCACAAGACAACGAGGAAAUAAAAAAAUAAUAGGAUCUACUUGCAACAAAUGUUCAGACCGACUAAAACAAACCCGAUUAAAUAAAAAACUCGAAGUUGAA